GAGCUGCCUGCCGAGGCGACCUUUCGGGAGGGCCCGAAAGUGGUCCGCGAGGAAGACGGGCUGGAGCUCGGCAACGUCUACGAGUUCCAAGUCCGCGUCGGCGACGAAUGCCGCAUGGGACCUUGGUCCAAGUCCUCUCCUCCGGUCCGCUUCGCUCUGUCUCCGCCUGUACCUUGCGAAGGCGGAGGCUUGCGAAUUCUGGAGAAGGGAGAUCGGGCGGAAGUGAGCUGGGCACCCUUCCAGCCCGACGCCGCCUCCCAGGCUCAGCUCCCGAACCUUGCCCGGCUGCCCAUCGAGUACACGUUGAGCGUCUUCGCCGAGCCGGGCGAGCCGGGCGAGCGCCUCCUUUCCUCGCUGUCCACCACCUCGACGAGUUGCUGCGUCGCAAAUCUCCGACCUCUCAGCGCCUACUCAGCGAGCCUCAGUGCGCGCUGGUCACGUUUCGGUGUCGCUGGCGACAGCGACAGCGCUCGGCUUUUCGCCGCCUUCGCCACCACAGGGCUGAAGGGCAGCAAGCUGACGGCCGAGCUCUCGGUGCGCCUGGGCGCUGAGUCCAUGGGGGCGGUGCCCGCUGUCCCUCCGGCCUCGAGGGCCUCCAUCCCCAUCGUGGAAGGCGGUGUCCCGGCGGCCGUGACGUUGGACCUCGACCCGUACUACACGCAACCUCGCUUGAACCACUACACGCCCGAGUUUGUUCGCAAGCCCUCCCUGCCCAGCUCGCGGCGAACGCAGGCGCAGGUGUUGGAGUGGCCGCAGCCCACGCUGCUUUGGCCUGAGACUUUUGCUAUCACGGCGAGUUCAUGGGAUUUCCUGGGUGCUGAGGCGGAGAACACCCCGGCACUCCCAAAGGCGGAGCGGCGGAGAGGUGCGUUUUUUGACCACCGCGCCUUGGUGGUUAUGGGAAACGCAGGGGCCUGCUGUGCCUCCAGCGCCGUCUGGGUGGCGGUGGCCGCGCCGCUGGAGCCGGAGCCAACCCCCGAGGAGCCGAAGUCCGAGCCCGAGCCGAAGGCGGCGGACGAGCCCAAGAGGGUGGUGCUGCGAUUCGUGCUGCCAGAUGGUGGAACGCAGGACAUCGAGUUCGCGAACAAGCCUCUGGGGAUCGACUUCAGCCGAAGUCUGCCCCUCACGUGCAAGCGCUUGAAGCCGGGAAUGCAGGGCGAACAGAAAGAGGUGAAGAUCGGCUGGUGCGUCACGCACAUCAACGACACACCCGUCCCCGUGACCUUCGAGGAAACGCUCAAGAAUCUACAGCAGGCCCACCGGCGAAUUGAUGAGCCUUCUGCACCCCGCGAGAGGCUCUGCAUGUUUUGGGUGCGCGGCGCCUGCAAGCGCGGCUCCAGCUGUGCCUUUGCGCAUGGCGAGGCGCAGCUGCGCGAGAGCCCCGACUUGUCAAAGACAAAGAUUUGCAAGAAGUUUCAGACCGGGGCCUGUCCGUUGGGGGAGGAGUGCACCUUCGCCCACUGCCGGGAGGAGCUUAGGUCCCUGAGGCCCUCGAAGCGACAGCAGAGCGCGGUGCAGCACGCCGCUUCCGCCAGCGCCGGCGCUUCUGCGAAUGUUCUCGUGACGUCCCGUGACACCUGGCACCUUCCGCCGGAGGCGGAGAUGGAGGACUCGGAGUCCCAGGUGGAGGAGUGGCCUUACACCGUGGUGGACUUCCAGUCCGUGGAGCGCGUCUGCGAGGAUCUCCUGGAGGGGGAGACUCCGCUCCUCGGAGCGCGGGACCUGCUCUUUGAGCUUUAG